AUGGCGCAUUAUUUUCCAGAACGACCUAGGAAAUACAACGACAGCUGUCCUUGUUGGGAUUGGAACUGUGCAUGCAGAGGAUAUCUACUGCAUCCAGAGCAUUCAAGUAUGCACUGGACUGCAUGUUAUGAAGAUGACUGCAUAGUUCAUUUUGAGAUCAAGGAUUAUUACCCAAGUCCACGACGUCUACGGCAACCAAGAUGGCAAGCGAGCCUAUCAGCGACACAACGGGGAUACCACUUGAAAUUUACGACACCAGUUCUCAAUCAACUAGCCAGAGUGAUGGUUGACUCAGGAGCUACUGGAAAUUACAUGGAUCCUAGAUUCCAGCGACAAUUGGGGAUCUUAGGAAUUGAGAAGGCGCAGCCAGAGCCUAUCUCAGGACUGAAUGGUGAGAAUUUGGGAAGUCACCUGACGGUCGAAUCGGGAUUUGUCCCUAUGGCUGUAGCGGAUCAUGAAGAAAGGAUCAAUUUCGACGUGACACCGCUGGGACAAUACGAUAUAGUGUUGGGGAUUCCAUGGCUCAGGAAUCACAACCCGGAAAUCAACUGGAAAACUGGACAAAUGAACUUUGCAAAUUGCGAUUGCCCAAGAACAAUGAAAGGACCGAGUCAACGGGAGGCCGGGACCUCACCACGAUCUACAGGCAGGAGACCUGGUAGAUACGUGAAGCAACCGAGAGGUGGGUUGAGAAUGAAUAACAGAGAAACGAAUGACACAGCGACGAAUAUUGUUUUAGCAGCCACCAGGGCCUCAGAACGACAUUGGCUGAUGAAUUUACCCGGAUGGGCACCGGACACGACCCAGAAGUAUUGCGAAUACUUGAUGGACGAGGAUAUACCCAAGAGAUCAGCGCCGAUUGAGGAAUAUCGCUCAGAAAGAGUUGAUAGCAACCAAGAAGCAUCAGACUCAGAGCUAGGCUCAUGGGAAUGGAUUGACCAUAAGGAGCUAGCAGCAACGACUCAGGAACCACAGAUUCCACAGGAGUAUAUUGAGUUUCAGCACUUGUUCAAGCAGCCUGAACGACCUGAACUACCAGACCAUGGACCACACGAUCAUCGCAUACCCCUUAUGGAAGGGAAGACACCGACAUGCAAGAAAAUUUACCCGAUGUCAGAACGAGAAUCGAAAAUACUACGGGAAUAUAUCGAAGAACAAUUGGCGAAAGGAUUCAUCAGACCAUCGACAUCACCAGCAGGGCACGGAGUCCUAUUUGUACCGAAAAAGGAUGGAAGCCUACGACUAUGUGCAGAUUAUCGACCACUCAACGCCAUCACCAUCAAAGAUCGACACCCAUUACCACGAGUUGAUGAAAUGCAAGACCGAAUUAGAGGAGCAAAAUGGUUUACCAAAUUUGACCUUGUGGACGCCUACAAUCGACUACGAAUUGCCAGAGGAGAAGAAUGGAAAACGACCAUCAGAACGAAAUAUGGACAUUAUGAAUAUUUGGUCAUGCCAUUUGGGCUUACCAACGCACCAGCAUCAUUCCAACGAUUCAUCUAUGAUGUACUUGGAGUAUAUCUCGACAUCUUCGUGAUAGUCUACCUUGAUGACAUCUUGGUCUUCUCCAGCACCUUCGAAGAACAUGUGCAGCAUGUCAAAAAAGUACUGCAAAAACUUGAGGAAGCGAAGCUACGAUUGAAGUUGAAGAAGUGCGAAUUCCAUGUUCAGGAAACCGAGUUCUUAGGACACUGGAUCACUACAGAGGGAAUCCAGAUGGAUAAGAACAAAGUUCAAGCAAUCUUGGAUUGGCCAGAACUGAAGAACACCAAGGAAGUUCAACAGUUUACAGGACUUGUGAACUACUACCGACGAUUCUUGAAGGACUACUCACAAUUCAUGACACCACUGUUCAAAUUGUUGAAAAAGGGACAAGAGUUUCAAUGGGGACCAGAACAACGACAAGCGUUUCAACAAGCCAAGGAAAGAAUUGUAUCUGCACCAGCACUUGUGCAGUUCGACCCAGAAAAGGAAACCACGAUUGAAACAGAUGCAUCAGACUAUGCCAUUGGUAUGAGGAUGACUCAACCAGGACCAGAUGGAAAACCACGAGCCGUUGCAUUCCACUCACGAAAACUAGUUCAAGCAGAAUUGAACUAUGACAUCCAUGACAAGGAACUGCUAGCCAUAGUGGUAGCAUUCAAGACUUGGAGAGUCUAUUUGGAAGGAGCACAACACACUGUACUUGUGAAAACAGAUCACAAGAAUCUGACCUUCUUCACAACAACCAAAGAGUUGACUCGAAGACAGGCCAGAUGGGCUGAAGUACUAUCGCAAUAUGACUUCAAGAUCAUCCACUGCAAAGGAAAUGAGAAUGGACAAGCAGACGCACUCAGUCGACGACCAGACUAUGAGAUCAAGGACAGAACGAUCAACCCAGCGAUAUUGAAAACCAACGAAGAUGGAACCAUCAGCUAUAACCACCAGGUGUUAGCAGCAACGAUGCAUACCUCAAACGAACCUUUGGAAAAGAAAAUCAUUGAAGAAACACAGAAAGAUAAGAUGAUCCAGGAUAUGAUUGAAAACUCAGCAGAAAACGACAAAUUGACCACUGACAACAAUGGAUUAGUGUAUUUGCACAACCUCAUCUAUGUGCCAAAGAGCAUGAGAAAUGAGAUCAUCAGCAUGCACCAUGACACUCCACCCCACGGACAUUUGGGAACAGAGAAAACAGCUGAACAAAUCAUGAGAAACUACUACUUCCCAAACACGCGAAAAGUUGUUCAAGAAUAUGUGAAGAACUGUGAAACUUGCAUUCGAGAUAAGGCAGCAAGACAUCAACCCUAUGGGAAAAUGCAAUCCCCGGAUGCUCCAACACAUCCAUGGGAAUGGGUUACCAUCGACUUCAUCACACAGUUACCGACAUCACAAGGAUAUGACUCGAUCACAGUCAUCACAGAUCGAAUGACCAAAUAUAUUCAUUUGGUGCCAGCCAAAGGAACCAUGACCGCAGCAGAUAUGGCACAGAUAUUCCUGAAGCAUGUCAUCACCAACCACGGAAUGCCUCAGAAGAUCACCUCAGACAGAGACAAACUGUUCACUUCAAAAUUCUGGACGACACUCACGAACUUGAUGGGUAUAGAGCACCGCCUCACCACAGCCUACCACCCACAAGCAAAUGGCCAAACCGAACGAACCAACCAAACAAUUGAACAAUACCUACGGCACUACAUCAAUUACGAACAAGAUGAUUGGGUUAGAUUCCUACCCAUGGCACAGUUUGCAUAUAACAAUGCAGAGCAUUCAACACUCAAAGUAACGCCAUUUUACGCCAAUUAUGGAUACCACCCAGUGCUAUAUGAAAAGCCACGACUACAAGAGUCCACAUCAGAAGCGGCAAAUGAGACAGUCCAAAAGCUGAAGAACUUACACCAACAAAUGUCAAGAGACAUCGACUUCAUGAACCUACGAGCGGCUAUAUAUUACGACAAGCACCACGGAGAGGGACCUACCUUGAAGAGGGGGGAAAAAGUAUUCCUGCUCCGCAGAAAUAUCAAAACAAAACGACCAAGUCAAAAGCUCGAUCACCAGAAGAUUGGACCUUUCACCAUUGAAGAAAAAACAGGACCAGUGAAUUAUCGCUUGAAACUACCGAAAUCAAUGAAGCGCAUACAUCCAGUAUUUCACAUCUCGCUAUUGGAACCAGCACCGAAAAACGCCAUACCAACAGAAAACAUUGAAAUCGAAAGCGAAGAUGAUGAAUAUGAAGUGGAACAAGUUCUGGAUUACCGACAAGUCAAUGGACGACCAUGUUACUUGAUCAAAUGGAAAGGAUACGAUACCUCUGAGAACACAUGGGAACCUAUUGCGAACUUGACUGGUUGCCACCAGUUGGUGAAGGAAUACCACCAGCGACGAUCGAAUCGAAAUUCUCCCAGAAGGAAGGAGAAUCCAUCAUCUGAGUCAAACUAG